AGUUGAGAUAAAUUCAGGGUUACCCGCGACAACUUACCUAUAGGCUAUAAGCGAGCAAGUUACCGGAGAGAAGGGUUUGGCUUCAUUUUUUGAUUCCUUCCUCCCUUGGAUCUUUUGCCUUGGUGUGUAGCGAAUCUUUCCCCUUCUUCUCUCCGGUCCCCUCUUUCUAAUUGCUUAGAAAUGGCCAUGACGAUCGAAGCCUUGCUGGUCUUGCUUUUAUGUUUUCAUCCAGUAUCCUGCUGCAGAUCCUGGCUUGUGCACUAUACAACAACUGGUGGCCAAUGUUAUCAGCUCUCAUGUAUAUACUGGUGCCUAUGCCUUGUUUGUUCUUUGGGGGUGGUUCCACUCAAUUCUUAACCAGCCGAGAUGGUGGGGGCUGGAUAGAUGCGGCUAAGUUCUUAACAGGGGCAUCAGCAGUGGGGAGCGUAGCCAUUCCUAUUAUCCUUAGGCAUGCUGAUCUGAUAGGGAAUGGAGCUAUGUGGAUUGAGUUCUUCUCCUUCCUCGUAUUUGUCUGCACUGUCAUGUGUUUUCAUCAUGCUAACCUUGAAGAUGAAUGGUGAACGAGCAUUCUACAUUGGAGAUACAGCCGUGCAAGUGUUGUGUUGUUGAUAAUUUGGGCCAGUUUUAGUAGGUUACUUAUAAAAAUUAUGAGCUGCAUACAAGGAAAGGGAAAAAAAAUGGGAAACUUACCACUCUGUAACUCUGGAAUCUGUUUCUGUGCAUCUUCAGAAAACAGGUCUGAUAAACUCAUGUAUUACUCCACUGUACUCGGUUUGCUCACUGUAAUGGGUUGGAGUUUGAGGUUGGAAAUCUUAUUUAACAUUCUUAGAAGAGAAACUCUGGAAAAACGUUACUUCUCUUUUUCUUUCAAGCCAAGGUUUAUUGGCUCCAAUGAAAAAGAAAUCUGUUUAUAUUCUGAAGUUUUAUUA